AUGAGUUACCACUCUCCACGAACUCCUGGAUCGACCCCGAUCCACGACUACGACACUUACUCGAGGAUGUCGUCCGCAACACCAACCCCCUCACCGAGGCCGACCUGGGCAGACUCAACUCCCAGACGGCCAGCGACGCGAGUGGCCCAUUCACGAUUCAACAGCUACUCUCAGGCUAGCGAUUUCAGCCCACGUCCUCCAAAGGACUCGCCUCGCUACAACAGCAACGGGCAAUAUAGCACGGCAGAUGUGAGUCACAAAACUUCUUCGUCGCGCAGGCCUUCCGAGUCUUCUCCGCGCUCCAAGCCCGGCCGCCGAUUCUCUUUUACCUAUGUCCGGGCUUCCACUCCUUACGGAGAAUCCGACGAGGACGAGAUCAUCGAGGCGCUGGGACAUACAUAUGUGCUUCCCGCACAGUCCCGCUCCAAGAACCAUCAUCACCGCAGAUCCGCUUUCCUACCUCGAGACUUUGAUGAUGACCGAGGACGGUACACUAAUUACGACGACUACCUGCAGGGUGCUACCGUCGGCUACGAUGAAGUUUACACACGAGAACAGGCCGCUUCCGUGUUCCAGUCGCCUCAGUCCCGACCCCCUACCAGCUUCGGCCACAACCGUCGCUCCUCCACCGUCGUCCCCCCCUCUCGCCCCCAGACCGUUCGGCCCGGCAGCUCGUCCCACCGCAGCACAACCACCAAGCCGGUCUCCACCCCCUCCACUCCCAAGGCCACCGAAGCCGAUGCUCGCAAGCACCGCAUCCCCACCGGAUACUCACUCAAGAACUGGGACCCUGCCGAGGAACCUAUCCUACUCCUCGGUAGUGUCUUUGACGCCAACAGUCUGGGCAAGUGGAUCUAUGACUGGACCGUCUACCACCAAGGUCCUGCCACUCCCAUCUCUGACAUGGCCGGCGAGAUGUGGCUUCUUCUUAUCCAGCUCGCCGGUAAGGUGAAGAGAGCUGAAGAGACUGUCGGCCGCGUCCGCGUACCCGAUAACCGUGACCUCGUUGAGGAGUUCAUCGAGGCCGGUGAGCGUCUCACUGAGAAGCUCCGCUCUCUCCUCAAGGCCUGUGAAGCUCCCAUGCUCAAGGCCGCCAAGCGCAAGCAAGCUGGCCUCGGCAAGAAUGCCGGUGUCGAGUUUGUCGAGACCCUCUUCGGUCGUGACCGUGAGCUCGACAAGACAGAAAAGUUUAUGCAAAACGUGAGGCUCUUCAACCUUCGCUUUGACGCCAACUGUGAGGAGAUUCUCCGCAACCCUACCAAAUAA